AUGGCGUCCCGACCGAUUGUGCUGAGAUUCGAAAGUCGAAACGGACAGUUUCGGCUGUCCGUAAGCCCACAGGAGCUAUUUCCCACCCUCCAACAAAAGAUUGUAGAACACCUCCCCCAAGAUAUCGAGCCAUCCUCGAUCACUCUGUCCAACAAACCGAUUGGCACGGGUGGCGACGAACGCGCUCUAGCUGGUCUCGGCGGUAUCUCUGUUGAGAAAGCUGGUCUAAGUCACGGCGACAAGCUCUACAUAGGCUAUAAAAACAAACAGGACCUACAGGAUGGGGCGUCUAACGGCCACGUUACGAACGAAUCAUCCCGCCGCCUGAACGGAGCCCCGGUACCACAGAAAGAGACGGUCGCGAUCCGCCCGCAACCCUCCUCCCCGUCCGCGACGAUCAAAAAUCCCUGGGACGUCGUCCAGCAAUCACCACUCGAUGACGCGCUGGACAAGAAGGAUGGCAAGAUCAAGCGGGCGCUGGACGCCAAAAUGUGCAAGCAUGGCCCCAAAGGCAUGUGCGACUACUGCAUGCCACUGGAGCCCUACGACCCGAAAUACCUUGCCGAAAAGAAGAUCAAACACCUGUCGUUCCAUUCGUAUCUCCGGAAGAUCAACGCUGCCACCAAUAAAGCGGAGCUGAAGAGUUCCUUCAUGGCCCCCCUCAGUGAACCAUACUACCGCGUACGGCGCGACUGCCCCUCUGGACAUCCCCCGUGGCCCGAGGGCAUUUGUACCAAGUGCCAACCCAGUGCGAUCAGCCUGCAGCCUCAGGAAUUCCGCAUGGUGGACCACGUAGAAUUCGCCUCGCCUGCCCUGAUCAACUCGUUACUGGACUUCUGGCGGAAGUCUGGCGCGCAGCGGAUGGGCUUUCUCUAUGGUACAUACGAGGAGUACACGGAAGUACCACUGGGGAUCAAGGCGGUGGUCCAGGCGAUCUACGAACCACCGCAGGUGGAUGAGGUGGACGGGAUCACUCUUCACGAAUGGCCGAACGAGCGAGAAGUGGAUGAGGUUGCUCGGCUUUGCGGCCUGGAGAAAGUCGGAGUGAUUUUCACCGACCUCUUAGAUGCGGGUCAGGGCGACGGGUCUGUCGUCUGCAAGCGCCAUAUCGAUUCGUACUACCUCUCCUCAUUAGAGGUCGCUUUCGCGUCGAGGCUGCAGGCGCAGUAUCCGAAAGCCACCAAAUGGAGCCGCAACGGCCGAUUCGGGUCCAACUUUGUCACCUGUGUUCUGAGCGGUGACGAGGAAGGGGCCAUCACGGUCAGUGCGUAUCAGGCCUCAGUGGCCGCCGUCGAGAUGGUCCGCGCAGAUAUCGUCGAGCCGUCUGCCGAACCCUCCGUCAUGCUUGUGCAGUCCGAAGAGGACGACACAGACAACAAAUCCCGAUAUAUCCCCGAGGUCUUCUACCGCAAGAUCAACGAGUACGGCGUGAGCGCCCAAGAGAACGCGAAGCCCGCAUUCCCUGUUGAAUAUCUCUUCGUCACAUUAACCCACGGCUUCCCCACGGAAUCAUCGCCCCUAUUCACCGACAGCAGUUUCCCCAUCGAAAACCGCGAAGUCAUCGGCGAGAGCCAGGAGCUUCGCCAUGUCGCAAAGAAGCUGGUGUCUCAUGGCGACCCCGACAAGGCGAUCCAAGCGGUGUCCGAUUUCCACCUCCUUUGCUUCCUCCACUCGCUGUCGACGUUCAACAAGGUGAGAUGA